CGGAAACUCUCGGACUUUUGUUUUGGAAAACCGUUAUCCAGCAGCCGCCAUUAUUCUUCCUGGCUUGACUGUCGAAGCAAAGACGGUUAAAUACUUUAAAACAUUAUAUUUCGGGUUAAUCUGCAACAUUGCCAGCCUAUUUGUGUAGUCGGUUGAUUUAACUCAUGAGUUAGCGACACGCCGCGGGCGCAGAAUGGAGAAACGAUCUGAUAGCACAGCAGGUGUUGGAGGAUCCCUUCCCCUGUCCUCCCUUCGCCUGAUGGCUUCCCCUCUGCAGCUGACAUACUCGUUCAUAUGGCAGGUCAUACGGCAGAGGAACGUGAAGCACUACACAAAAGUGGAGGAAUUUGUGACGAUGGUGACGCAGACUGUUCCUGAGCUCAUAAGCUUCAAGCAGACGGCCCAGCUCAUCUUGGGGCUGAGAGCAAGGAUCAUUUUGGAUUUGCUGCACAAAGACGGCGUACCAGAUUCAAAGGCUAUUCAAACUCUCAUAAAUAAGUUGAAGGUCUCUGCAACUUCAGGGAAGGAUCCAGAAGUGGAUAAAUCCCAAACAAACUUCAUGGUGCUGGUCCAGAGUCUGCUGAAAAAUCCUGCUGAGAGGAAGCGCUUCUUUCUGGAAGUGUUUCCCAUUCAGUAUGGGGCAAAAUUCGACACAGCGCUGCAGGCUUUGACUGCAGGUUUGGUCUGCAAGCUGGAGCAAGUUCUUCCUGUUCCAAAUCUUUCCCAGCUUGGUGCCAUGAUCUCGGCGGAUGCUUCUGUCCUGGAGGCAUGUGGAGGCUUCAUCCCCGACACCAAGGACCUGAAGACUCUCCUCCUGCACCAGCAGUCCAAGGGACUCAUCGGUGUUAAAGCAACCAUCUCAUCCUCUGUGGGCAACUGCGUGCUCUCUUCACUCGCCUACCGGCCCAAAGCUGUAGAGCCACCAACACCACCGCCUCCACCACCAGCUCCAGCACCAGCACCAGAAUCACCGAAGCGGUUAGAGGUCACCCUCAAUGCUACAAGUCCAACCUCCCUCAGUGACACGGAAGACUUGGGAAUGAUGUCAGAUGGGUCUGAGAGCCCAGCAGACCUGGCUGCCGGACCACAGGAGAGAGAGCAGUACAGUCAGAAAACAGCUGAUGCUGAAAAGGAAAAGAGUGCCACAGCAAAAGCUCAGGAGGAGAAUUCAGUGAAAGAGAAAAGUUGUACACAGGAAGAGCCCGCCACAACUGUGCAAAGCGAAGGGAAAGAUGCAGCACCAGAAACACCAGAUAAAGCAGAACCACAGCGACCACCCUUGAAAUCAAUACCUUUCCGGGUAGUACAAAUGCCGGUCAAACCCACCUCCGCCUUACAGAACGCAGGCAACGCAGGAGCGAAGGAUGGCCAAAAGCCUCAGACGCAUCGGGUCACAUUGCAUCAGUGGGUGUCACAGAUCGCCACCAACUCGCUCUCGCUCCCAGCCCUGCCGCCACUUCCUCCACCCAGGUUCAGUUCAGGGGACGACAUGAAGCCAAGCAUAAGAAGAAAAAAGCAAAUCCGGCCUCCAUCCGACAGAUUCACGUGCAGCGUGUGCGAUAAGACCUUCCCGUAUCAGUCCAAGCUGAUAGACCACGAGCGCAUCCACACAGGAGAGAAGCCGUUCGUGUGCACGGCGUGCAACAAGAGCUUCAGAACACAGGCGUUCCUCAACAACCACCUGAAGACCCACAGCACGAUGCGUCCUUUCGCAUGUGGCCAGUGCGGGAAGUGUUUCACCAAACUGCAGAGCCUGACGAAGCACAUGAUGGCCCACAGCGGCCAGAAGCCGUUCUACUGCGACAUCUGCAACAAGGGCUUCACGCAGUCCACCUACUUCAAAAGACACAUGGAGUGCCACACGAGCCAAAUGACGUUUCCCUGCAAGCACUGCAACAAAAGCUUCCCAACGGCGUUCAAGCUGUCCAACCACGAGCGUUGGCACACCAGAGAUCGGCCUCACAUGUGCGAGCGCUGCGGGAAGAGAUUCCUCGUCCCCAGCUUGUUGAAGAGACACAUGGGCUACCACAUCGGCGACCGCCAGUAUCUCUGCUCCCAGUGCGGAAAGACCUUCGUCUACUUGUCCGACCUGAAGCGGCACCAGCAAGACCACGUGCCCAAAGCGAAGAUCCCGUGCCCCGUUUGCCAAAAGAAGUUCUCGAGCAAGUACUGCCUGAGGGUUCACCUGAGGAUCCACACCCGAGAGAGACCCUACCGCUGCUCCAUAUGCGAGAAGACCUUCACUCAGGUGGGGAACCUGAAGGUCCACAUCAGAUUGCACACCAACGAGCGCCCGUUCAGCUGCGAUGUCUGCGGCAAGACCUACAAGCUGGCGUCCCAUCUCAACGUCCACAAAAGGACACACACGUGCAAGAAGCCCUGGAUGUGCGAAACAUGCGGGAAGGGAUUCUCCGUCCCCGGCCUUCUCAAGAAGCACGAGCAGCUCCACACGAGGGACGCAAACCCCGACUUCUCCGGUAAACGGAGACACAGGGGUAAGCACAAGAAGCACUCCGGCAAGAGGAAAUACGACGAGGAAGACGAGGGUAGCGACGAUUAUUAAUCAAAGAAACCUGUUUUGUAAAAAUAAGGAUGUUCUGAUAAGAGUUGAUCACUGACAUAAUUACACAAGAAAUGGCCAUUUGAACCAUGUCAUUUUUGAGAUUUCAAGUUUGUUUGUGGUGGGUCAUCAUGAUGAAAGUGAAAACACUUUGAAUGGUGCUCAGAUAAAUUUUUGUAAUCCUCAAAAUUAUUAUUUUAAUGGAGGGCAGGCCCAGCAAGCUCAAGCACAUCAUCUUAUGGAGGGUGUUGUAUAACUGUAAUCAGUGCAGUUUUCCAUCUCAGGUGAUGGAAAAUUAGUUUAGGUAAGAGUUAAGGUAGCCAAGGAGCAUUUUCAAAAUCAUCAUCUGGAGUCAGUUUUGGAGUUGUUAAUAGUUGAUCAUUUUCAUCAAAAAAAAAACAAACUCAAGCUAAAGCUCAUUGCUACCUGAAUGUAGCCAACAUUUUUAAAUAGCAGGCAUCAUGUAAACAAUACAAUAAAAGUAUUUUGAUGCAUGUGACUGUAGAUCAUUUGUAUGCUAUGUACUGAAAUGUUGUGUAUCUAGGAAACAUUUUAUCUUUGUUACAGUAGCCCUUAUGGAAACUAGAGAUUCCAAACUACUAAGUCUACCACUCACUUUUUUAUGUAACCCUAAAUUGUAAACAUUACAACGACUCUGCUUUUGUUUUCAGAGGGAAAAUAGGAGGAUUUGUGUUUUUCCAGCAGUAGAUUCAGUGUUGUUGCUCUAAUAGUGUUAAACUAACACCAGAAAAUAUGAGAAUUGUAAUUUAGCUUGGACACAAUAAACAUUAUAUGUGAGGUUGUGCUGUAGCUCUCCUUUUACUUAGACUAUUGUGAGCAGCCAUGUGUACAAGCUAUAAAGCAAUAUACCUGUAUACCAAUGUUUUGUUUUUGAUGUUUUGCAGAAAAAUAAAUACACCUUGCAAAGG